AUGACAGCUCUCAGUUACCUCUGGGCCAUAACCAUUGGCAUAUCCAGCUUUACACAAGCCCAGGACACCAAUGCCAUCAGGUUACGCGGCACAAACAACAGCAGCGGCUCUUGGGAAGAUCUAGCCCCCAUCUCAAACCUCCCGCGGCAAGAACACGCCGCAGUUGCUAUCAACUCAACCACUCUUGCAAUUAUAGGCGGUAUCACAGGUUCCAAUGCAACGGGAGCAUGGAUCAAUACCGACCUUGUAGACUUCUACGACACUCUGACAGAUACAUGGGCGUCAUCAACCCCUCUCCCUGUCGCUUUGAACCAUCCCAACGCCGCAGUGGUCAACGGGAAGAUCUACGUCUUUGGUGGUCUUGCUGAGUCUUCUGACCAAAACGGCAUUCUGACAUGGCGUGCAAUUCCAGACUCGUGGGUUUACGAUUCAACGAAUGGGAGGUGGACUUCGAUAGCACCCUUUCCAAUCGGCACCGAAAGAGGCAGUGCCGCGGUUGGAGUCUUUGGCAAAACAGUUUUCCUUGCUGGCGGUCUGCGGUACAUGGAAACGGCUCCCGGUGGAACAACACUCACCGUCGACGAAGUCUCUGCAUAUGAUACGGUUACCGAUACCUGGAUUUCUUUUGCUAGUAUCCCGUUACCGCAACCAAGAGACCAUGCCGGCGGCGCAGUUGUAGGAAGCAACUUUUACGUCAUUGGUGGACGGCACAUUGCCAGCCGACUUAUCGUCAGUAACACCGUCUACGUUCUUGACUUGGAAGACGUGGCUUCUGGGUGGGAGGUCAGUUCCGCCACGCUACCUACAGCAAGAGCCGGACACGGCACAACUGUGAUAGGGAGCGUCGUUUACACCUUUGGCGGAGAAGGAAAUUUUGUGGUUAGUUCCGGCGUCUUUGACGAGACGGAAACCUUCGACACAAGAACAGAGUCAUGGCAGAAACUGAGACCAAUGGAGCAUCCCCGGCAUGGAAUUGCUGCCGUUGCUAUUGAAGACAGGAUAUAUAUCCCUGGUGGAGGAGUUGCGUUUGGGGCGGCUCCGGUCAAUGUUACUGAUGUAUUUCGACCUUGA